AUGGGCACUAGCCCAUUCGACUCCCAGAAUGACCCACUACUGUACGACUCGUAUGACCAAACUGGUCAGUCGCCGCUCUUUGCCCCAACUCCAGGAUAUGGAUUCUGCCAAACCCCCUCUGCGAUGACUUCCACGAGCCCUGAAAUCCGACUAGACGACGACUUCUUCACACAAGAUCGAUCUCCACAACUGAGCCAGAUUCCACUCCUUCAGCUGAGUGACUGGGAGGAAGGAAGGUUGUAUGAUGAGCAUCCGCCCUCCUGUCUCCAUUAUUCGAUAGUGUGGAAGGUCACCUUCAACAAUAAGACUAUCCGGAAGAAUACAGAGCAAGACCUUGUAUUGGCUCCGCGGUUUCAUUGGCGUCUAUUUCUAGAGCCAAAAUUGAAGGAACUCGUAGGCAAGAAAUUUCCUCAGAAGAAGGUCGAACUCGACGACACAGCUAUCGUUGUGUCGGUGAAUCACCGUAAUCAACCAGACCUCACUCUUUCUUGUGAUAAAUCUGAUGUGGAUUGGCCUGCCGUGGAGAAACAACUCCUCGGGUGGGGCGAUCUUUUCCGUACGGGGAAGAAGCUAACAUUGAACAUGUCAUUCAACUACACGGAGGGCAGCCACACCCAGAGUUCCGGCUCUAGAUCAACUGAUAAACGCGGCAAUUCAUCUGCCACCCAGCGCAUGCUGGUUGAUCGGCAAGCAGAGAUUAAUGCUGAAGAACAGGUCACUGGGCGUCCUCCUGUCUGGGAUCAUGUUUACAGUGUGAUGCGGUGCUCUAAUAGCGCAUGUGAUCUAGGGCCGCACUGUUGGCGUGACCCUAUUGGUAAAAAGCAUAUUAAGCUGACUGUGCAAAACUUGAGGGCUCUUGUGAGUUAUGUGGAGCAGGGUGGUGUUUUGACCUCACAUGAUGACGUCCCUGAGUCAAUUCGUGAGAAACUAUAUACACAGGAGCAGCAGCGACUCGAGAGACACAAGGGAGCGGCUCAAUCUCCAGCGGCAUAUCCUCCUAUAAGCAUCACCAACGUCCUUCCUGCGCAGUCACCUCCGCUUUCUGUGUCUAAUACGCCCACCCUCAUGUCGACCAUGUGUCCCGGAAAGCACAUCAGUGAUUGCCUUGAGAUACCUGGUCUACGGGACCUUGCCGUUGCUGAAUAUAGUGACUGGCAGCAAUCACAAGUUGAUGAUGAAAAGCUGAAGGCAGAGUUUCGCAAAGCCCGUGAUGCUGCGCUUGAAGAUGGUCUAGACCUUAUGCAGGUUCACGAGAAUCAGGAUCCGGAAUUUUUUAUAAAAAACGGCGUUAAGAGGGGCAUUGCUCGGCGUUUUGUUGGGGAUAUUGAGUAUUGGGUCAAACGAUGCAAAUGCAACGUAGAAGAAGGAGCAACUGCGUUAUUUGUGUGA